CGUGGAAUAAAGGUUCCGCCUCUCUUGACUAUGGGAAACACACAUACGGAAUUUGAGAAUGCUAAAUCAUGGCAACCCUGCUAGAGCGACUUGCUUUUCUUCAGAAAGUGCCAACUUUAAUGAAGGCUACGUCUGACGACGACACACCCUGUCCAGGCUACCUCUUUGAAGAAAUCGGAAAAAUCUCCCAUGAGUCUGUCGGCUACUGCCAGUGUCUGCUGGAGUACCUGCUGGAGCGGCUACAAGUCCAGUCGUGUCCGGUGAAAAUAAAGGUCCUGAAGAUCUUGCUGCACCUUUGUGGCCAUGGACCCCCUCACCUAGUCACAGAGCUGCGACGCAACGCCACCUUCAUCCAGGAGGUGAUCGCCUUCAGUGGUCCUCCAGAUCCCAUCCACGGCAAUGCUCCCUAUCAGAGAGCCAGAGCUGCAGCUCGGAAUUUGGCCAGUUUGCUGUUUACAGAUUCUGUGUCCCCUGACUCGGGCCUGUCUCCCUGCAGAGCGGUCACGGCAACCACGGGAAUGGGCUCCGAAUCAUCUCCGCGAUCUGGCAUGCAGGGAUUCGGCUACAGCCCCGGUAAGCCAUCUGUGUUAGGCGGGGGCACCUUCCUGGAUAAGAUCCAGAAGGCAGCUGAAGUGGUGGCCAGUGCAGUCAUGCCCCCCUCCGAGCUGCCCGGCAUCCGUCUGCAGGACAACCACUACCGCGCGGUGGUGGCGCCCUCUGGUGUGGUGGAGGUGGCAGUGCCAGCGUGUGCCUACAGCGUGCCCUCUCACAGCCACAGAGUGACGCUCAGGUGUCCCGGUCAGGUGGGCGGGGGCUGGGAGGAGAAUGACAGCGGCCACAGCUCCUCCCCCAACUCCUCUCAGGAGAACGUCGACGCCAGCAGGGCCUCGCUGGACGCCAGCAGCAAGUCAGGGGGCACCACCAGCAGCCAAUCAGCCGCCAGCCGCGAGAGCGGCGACCUAUCAGAACGUGUGGAAGCCAUGCAGCUGGGCGACUGUGGCCAGGAGAUGGCGCUCAUCACCAGUCUAACGGAGGGCUCCAAAGUCUUUCUGUCCAGAGAGGAGAGUCAGCACUUCAUCAAAGAGUGUUCCACUCUGAACUGUGAGGUUGUGGUGGAGCUUCUCUGUCGAAAGCUGCAGGAGUCGACACAAACGGUUCAAAUGAGGGCGAUGUGUGCCCUGGCGUGCCUCAUGUCCUCAGACCUCCUGUCUCUGGAGCAGAUCUACAGCGUCACUCAGAAACGCUUGGCACAGCUGAGCCAGGGAACCCCUGGGCCUGUAACAAAUAAAGCCACCAAGCUCCUGAGGCAGUUUGAGGCUCUGUUGCGAUGUCAAACGCGACACAGCCUGCCGUCCUCAGCCACAAACAGCCCCACCCUCACUGCCCAGGAACACGCCCCCAAACCCGUCCUCACCGAUGACCUCCUGCUCCCCAACCCCAUCCUGGGGUCCCCUGCUACCUCCAAACCUCACCUGGAACCAGAAGCUCAACAGGAACCAGAACCUUACCAGGAAGUAGAACAUCACCUGGAACCAGAGCCGCAUUUGAAACGAAAACCAGAACCACCAGCUGGGCCUUCAUGGAGCCCUCACAGUGAUCAGAACCUGGGGGAGGACCAUGGAGGAGGGCCGCUAAACCACACUGAGGGGCCCCGGGAAAACCUCCCAGAGUCGGGGGAUGUGGAGCUCGACACCAGGGUGGACGACCCAGACACAGGCCCUGGUGGAGAGAGGGAGACUUGCGAGGUUGUAGCCCCCGCCUCCUGUUCUCCGACUCUGGACAGACUGUCACUGUUUAAUGGCAUGGAGUUGGUGAUCACAGUGAGGCCAUCUUCACAUCUCCCUGGCCUUGCCUCUGUUGACACAGAACUGCCGGUUGCCUCGACAACAGAGAACACAUUGGUGGAGAUAGAAGAGGCGGAACUGGAACUUGAAUCAGAACUAGCUCCAUCUCAACAUUCUGAUUCAGACAAAGACGCCAGCGUCACCCAGCCUAGUGAUGACCUUGGACAAGAUCGCCUACAAGUGUCUGCCUUCUCCUUUCUCAACUUAUGAUCCUUACUCUACAUACACAAUAUACAUUUUACCACAGAAUGUGUAAAUAGUAUUGAAGUGAGAUUCAGUUUCUUGGUAUCUACAGCUAGCUUGACCUCUGAGGCCAGGCAGCAUAGAAGCUGAACACUAAAGCAAUGAACCGGAUUUUGCACUGUUUACAUCUUUUUUAAAUGAUGCUGCUAAUCAUUUCUUGUAACUUUUGAUUAUUCAUUUUGAUAUUUAUUUAACUCUGAAAAGGUUAUCUUCAUCAAAAAUGUAUCAGGUGUAGUUUUAUUCAGGUUAGAGGUGUGUUAUUUUUGUCCUGCCCUUUAUUCUCAGGGUACGUGUAGAUUGAGUUAUUCACAAGUCCUUUAAUAUCAGAUCACUCUUUUUAAAGGUGCAAUAUUCAGUUUUUUGUGCCCCCUAAAAAAAGCAAUCGUUCGAUAAUGACAUUUUGAAAUCAUAAUUAAAAGACAGUGUUCAAAUAGUUAUAUACUCUGUGCAUCUUGGUUAUGUUUCAGUCUUUUUUCAUGCAUGUUUAAAAUCAUAAAUUAUGAAUUUGUAUUUCAUCAUGCUUGUUAUUUUUCUGUUCUAAUUUUAUUUUUCUAUGAAAUGUUUUGUAAGUCACAUUGGAGAAAAGCAUCUGCUAAAUACCUCAACUGUAACUACAUAAAUAAAUAAAUUAGUAAAUUAUAAUAUCAGUAAUAAGUAUCAGGACAUUUCAAAUAUCAUCACACAAGAAAUGUGAUGUUUUUUUUCAGAGUUGUGUCACUAUGGUAUCUCUGGAAACAUUUCUAUGAAAGACAUCUUGCACCUGUAAUUAUUUGUGGCCACAUACUAAAGUCCUUUUUUUUUCUUUUCAUUGAAAGCUGCCAUUUCAGGCUUAAAUGUGUGUGGAGAGGUUUUGCCUCAGGCAGAAGAGAAACGGAUGUUUUUUGUGUUUCACCUAAAAUUAUGUUAAAGCACGGUUUCAUCCUUUUGCUGCAGCUACCUCUGUUGUUUGCGGUCCUUGCAUGUCUUGAGAUGGUGUCCACAAGAUGCCGCAUCACUACUGCAUCUGUUUGUGGGGUUGGUGGUACUCUGAUCACUUGGUUCUAACGCACUUAUUUAAAGUCUUCCGUUCUUGAUGUAUUCUACGUAUGCAACUACUAGCACUUACAACUGGUCAAUUCACCAUGUUACAAGUUACAGACGAGGCCCGUAUUUUAUUUUUGGUAAAAAAAAAAAAAAUCAAUGUUUAAAGUGUGUUUGUGAGUGUUUUGCCCAGAUGUGAUAUCAAAUACUCAUGUAAGUGAUGUAUGAGUUGUGCUUAUGUUUCUCCCCGAAGAAACUGAUUGAUCCCUGAAGUGUUGUGUUGAAUGGAGUAUGUGAUCUAUAAAGCUGAUUGAGGCUUUAUCAACUUCAGCAAAAGCCAUGCAUUCACGUUUGUAGACCUCACGGCCAUUAAACAAACCAGAGAAGA